AUGAAUUGUGGUGGCGUCAAUUUUCCCCCCGAUGGAACCAUUCAUCCGCCUGCACGGAGCAGCGAUGCUGACCGGACGGGCAUCUGUCAGUUGCUGCCACCCCGUGAAGGGAAGGAUGACACAAAAUCUGGUGGGACAACUGCGCCGCAAGUGAAUGCUGAGCCGUCACGUCAACACGAGGAUUGGCAACGGUCUGCGGCGGCUGACGGACCCAACACUGUCGAUCGGAGUCCCGCAUCCAACACGGCGACCAACACGUCCGAGACGAGGCCUGAGUUUGUCUUUGUUCGGAACAUAAAGGUGGUUCCGACACCACCCAAGAGGAAGCCUCGCAUUGCCAUGAGUCGGAACAUAGAAAUGGAUCCGAAUGCAUUCGUGACGAAGACUGCGCUCGCCACCGCGUUGAGGCAGUGGGCUCGAGGGAUGCCCGUAAGACUGAGGCCGUUGACGGCAGCGGCGAGCACGUUCCUGGGAAAAUUGCGGGAGGAAUGA